AUGGCAGGCAAAGUUGCCUACGUACAAGACGCUGAAGACGACGCCGGCUCCGCUCUCGAGGGCGCUGAGAGGACGUACGCCCGUUCGGUUGCACCCAGCAGCCCCCAAAAGCACACGGCCAACGUUGCCAGACCCCGACCCAAGGAAAAGAAGAUGAGAAGAACAUCCAUCCAGGACCCAGGUCUGACCGACUCGGACGACACCGUCAACGACCCCACGACGGCCAAGUAUGAGCGCCAGAGACACGAAAGGGUCAACGAGAGGAGCGGGGAGGAGCGCCGUCGAAGGAAGAAGGACGAACAGAGGCCUGUCGACCGCCGCGAACAGGAGAGGCCCAAGAAGCCUGCCGUCCGGCCCCCGGUGAAGAGCGUCAAGACGGCCCCGGUCGUCCACACGCAACAGCCUGACGAGUACCGGAGGCCGCGCUUCGAAGACGACUCCUCGCAGUAUGGCAUCCAGCCGGCACAGGGACACCGCCCGAGAGGCAUGUCGAACCGACCCAACAGCUACUACGGACAAGGCACCCGGCCGCCCCCGGCGAAUGAGCGCUGGUAUGCUCAGAACGCCCCGUCGCCGUACGCCCCCUCUCCGAUGGCCCCAUCGCCGAUGCAGCCGCUGCCGCCGAUGCCCCAGCAGUCCCCCUUCACACCGGGCAUGCCCUAUGCUCAUCCGCAGGAAUGGGCCCAGCCUGGCGGCAUGCCGUACCCCGCGCCGCCGUCUUCGGCAAGCGACUACUUCCCACCGCCUCACCAUGCACCACCCCCUCAUCAUACAGGGCCUCCCCAGCCGGCACCCGGACAGACCCACCUCGCCCAGCGCUUCCAGAGACCCUCGUCCGCCAUGGGCCAUCGCUCCAUCUCGGACUCGUACGAACAUGACCCGUACGAGAAGGAGCAGAUGCCCAGGCGGCGGUCGGUCAAGAUCCGCCCGGCCGAGGGCGAUCCCCGGCAGCCCAGAGACGACCCCCGACAGCUCAUGCCGCCGCCGCCGCGCCCAAAGACAAGCCAGCCGACCCGGCAGGCUGUCAAGGGUCCACCCCGCCAGAAGCCGGCCCCCAAGAUGCCGCCCCCACGCCAGAUUGCACACACUAGCUACGACUCUGACGCCUUUGACGACGAAGAUUCUCUUUACCGGCAGGUCGUGCACUACGAAUACGACGACGGUGUCGUGGACCGCCCUCGCGCCCAUCGUCGGCGCUCCAGCGCAUACAGCCGUGAGGGCUACUCCAUUGAGCCUGCGGGCCGCACCCGCCGUCACUCGUACAUGGCCGCCGCCGACAGCUACCCGGAGCCAAAGGUCGGCAGCUACUCGGAGCACAAGAUGGCCGAGGCCCAGCACGCUGCCAUGGCGUACCAGAACGGCGUCAGCGGCGGCCCCACGGCGCCUCUGACCGCCGCUGCCCUCAAGGCCAAGCAGAGUAAGAGCAGCCGGUCCAGCGGCAGCAGCGAGAGCCGCGACGACAGCGAGUACCGACAGAGCGCCACGACGCGGACCACGCGGUCCUCGGCUAUCGAGAGCGAGGACGUCACCAUCAAGGUUACCGGCAGCGCCGUUCUCAAGAUUGGCGGUGCCGAGAUCCAGUGCCAGGAUGGCGGCGAGAUCAACAUCACCCAGCCGAGCCGCAACGGCGGCAGCGACCGGGCCAGCACCGUCUACUCGGACGACCGCCCGAGCCGCAGGGACUCACGCCCACUGCCCAUCCGUGCCCGCGCCGACUCGUGGAACCGCAGCCAGGUCAGCGACUACAGCUAUGCUCCGCAGGCCAGGCCGCCCUUCUUUUGA